AGUGACAGAUAAAUGAUUUGUGAUUGUAGAUGAUGUCUCGGACAUUUUUUUUCUAUUUAAGUAGCUUUCUUUAUAAAGAUUAAAUCGAUUAUUAAUUGCAAUCUUUUAAUAUUGCAUUUCGUUUCUGAAAAAAGGUGAAGUCAUUUGCUGUUCUUCAUAAACUUUAUACGCAUAGAAAAUCUGAUUGGUUAACGGUAGAAGAGAACAUUCUAUCGCCUGUCGUUUCACGAUUGAUCGAAUUUAAGACGAGUUGUCUUGGAAUUGGUGAUUAUAUUUGUGGCCUUGAAUUGUAAAAAAUUGUUUGUGAGAAUAUUAAUAUCGUUACAAAUGCGUUCGUAAGCUCGAUUGCAUUUGGUAAGAAAAAGAAGGAAAAAAUAUUCUUUGCACAGGCAAUGAUGCUUCCGAAUGAGGUUCAUAAAGUUCUCGCGUAGAUGAGAUUUGACUGAUACAUCCUGUGUACAACGCUAAGACACACAACAGAAAGAAUGUAUUGCCUACAGUGGUUGCUUCCAGUAUUAUUAAUACCCAAACCCGUAAAUCCUGCAUUGCUACAAACGCAUGUUAUGUUUAUGGCACUUUAUCUAAUUGGAUUCUUUUUGGAAAGAAAACCUUGUAAUACGUGCGGUUUAGUUUUCUUAGUUGCAAUUUUUCUGAUAUGUUACAGUGGUAUCGGUAACUGCUUCCUAUGGAGCAAAAAUUGCGACACUGUAAGAUGUGCUAAUGGUUAAAAUGAUUUUAUCAUUCUUCCUAGAUAUUUCAAUUGUACUUGUUUUUUUGCAUCUGUCUUCAAGAAUGAGUUUAAGAAAUAUUAUCCUGAAAUAGUCAAUUUGUGUGAUAUAUAAAAUCUAUAUGUAUUUGUAUAGAGUAUGAACACAAAAAUAUAAGUUAUCAGCUUACAGUUUUAUAACAAAUGUAUUAUAAACUCUUAUAUUUCAUAACCUUCCAAUUAUGAGCUAUUAAAGAAUAUCAAAUAUUUCAUAAAAUAAAUGUAUCGAGUUUAUUUGUUAGGAUUCGAAAACUAGAGCUAAAUUCUUGAUAAAUUGUCUAAUCUUCGAGAAAAUUGUUAAAUGUAUACAAUUUCAUCCAUUGACAAACUUACCAUGUAGCAUAGUUAACUCAUGGAAAUUCACAAAAAUAUAGACAUUAACAUAAUUGUAACAUUGUUAUAAUGAUCUUCCUGAUAGAUAACUUCUUUUUAAAAUAUGGCAUUUCAGUGACUUUACAAAUGUGUUUAAAUGAUAUUUCUUUAAUGUAUUAACAGAAAAAGUAUAUUCUAAAUGUAAAAUAAAUAAAUUAUUAUAAGUCUA